AUGAAUUUAUUUGGUCGCUUAUCUGGUGCUGCAGGUACAUGGGAAGCAAUUGUGCGGUCUUUUGAGAAAGACCGUGUUUUCCUUGGUGGAGCUGCUCUUAUUAUCACCCAAAAUAACAUUCAACAACAACUGGCAGAACUUGAUCGCGAGGAAACUGAUAUAAAAAGAAAUGUUGCAUUCUCGGCAGCCAAAUAUGUUGAGACUUGUCAGGAGCUUGGCCUACAAGUUUGGAUUGUACAAUUUAUUUAUUUUCUAUUAAAUGGAGAUUACGUUAAUUCAUGUACUGGAAGAAUGGGAAAAGCUGUCAUUAGUGCUCCAGAAGUUGUUGGACUGAAUGUCGUGCCAAUGUCGUUUGAGGUCUUGAAAAGUUCUGAAACAUUCCAAGAAAAGUGA